AUGAAGCUUUCUCAAGCUCAUGUUUCAAAAUGGGAGCCUCCAGCUUUUCCUUUUUAUAAGGUUAACAUAGAUGGUGUUGUUUUUAAGGAACAAAAAGAAGCUGGAGUGGGGGUUGUAAUUCGAGACCAUGUUGGAAAUUUUAUUGUAGGUCUUAGCAAGAAGUUUCGGUGUCCUCUAGGAGCUAUUGAAGUUGAGGCAAAGGCCUUUGAAUCUAGUUGGGAAUUUGCUAAGGAUAUGGGUAUUCAGGACUUUGUUUUAGAAGGAGAUCCACUUAAUAUUGUUCCUGCUCUUAGUGGAAAUUCUCAUGUUGCUUCAACAAUUGCUGCUCUGAAUUAUGGGAUGCAAGUUACUUCUUUUGAGUUUCGGAAUGUCUUAUUUUCUCAUGUUCAUAGGAACAGCAAUAUAUCUACUCACCAGUUAGCUAAACAUGCUUUAAGCAUUUUUGACUUUUCUGUUUGGAUUAAAGAGAGUCCCUUUUUUUUAUUGUAG